AUGAUCACUCUUACUCCAUUAUCCGCCUCGGCGUCCUCGUCUUCCACCUCGGAGCCGGUAUGCUAUCUGCUCGAGGUGGAUGAGGCGAGGAUCCUCCUGGACAUGGGCCAGAGGGAUUAUCGAGCGAGCGCGGCGAGUGGAGACUGGUCAUAUGAGGAGAAAGUCCGGGAACUUGCUCCGACGUUAUCCCUCGUCCUCCUCUCGCAUACCCCGACUUCAUACAUAGGCCUCUACCCCUUCGCCCGAGCACACUGGGGCCUUACAUGUCCCGUCUACGCGACUCAGCCGACAUUGGAGAUGGGCCGAGUGGUGUGUCUGACCGAAGCUGAGGGAUGGCGGUCCGAAGUCAAAGUUGGAUCUGCUGAGGAGGAGGGCUCAGGCGAAGUGAAGCAGGAAGACGGGGACGAUACAAUGGGGGAUGUACAGAAAGUGGAGAAGGGAAAGAAGCCGUUGAAGGGCCCAUUUGUGCCGACUGUGGAGGAAGUACAUGAGGCUUUUGACUGGAUAAAGCCUGUCCGAUACCAUCAGCCAUUGCAUCUUGGAGGCAAUCUUUCGCACCUACUUCUCACUUCCUAUCCUUCCGGACAUACUCUGGGCGGAACGCUAUUCAAGAUACGUUCGCCGACAUCCGGAACCGCUCUGUACGCAUUGGGAAUUAAUCACACCUCCGAAAGACAUCUCGAUGGGAUCAUGGGCCGACAUGGCGGAGAGAUGGGCUAUGACGAGGGUCUGAUCAGGCCUGAUCUGUUGAUUGUGGAGGCGGGGCGAGGGGAGGUUAUCAACCCGAAGCGCAAAGACAGGGAAGCGGCGAUACUAGACGUCAUCACAUCAACGCUGGAAACCAAUCACUCUGUACUUAUGCCCUCCGACCCCUCUCCGCGUCUCCUCGAGCUCCUCGUACUCCUCGACCAGCACUGGACAUUCAAACAGCUCUCGAAUCGCCAGCGCGGUGCCAAAGAAUGGGCACAUCCAUUAUGCGUCGUCAGUCGCUCAGCGCUGGACAUGCUCUCGUUCGGGCGGAGCCUGAUUGAGUGGAUGGGCGGAGUAGUGCGCGAGCUGGGAGGGACACACGAGGCGGAUGUGCUGGAACGGCGGAAGGGCGGGAAGAAGCGGAAACAGCGCGUGGAGACUGGUUCGGAGUUUGGCGCUUUGGAUUUCAAGCACGUGCAAUUCUUUGCUACACCAACAGACCUCAUCCAGGCCUAUCCCCUCAGCCGACCCAAAGUCGUCCUCGCUGUUCCGCCUAGCAUGUCGCAUGGACCCUCGAGAUGGCUGUUCACCGUCAUGGCGUCGACAGAGGGGAAUGUCCUGCUCCUCACGAAUAGAGGGGAGGAGGGCUCGCUCACGCGCGAACUCUUCGAAUCAUGGGAGAGAGAGCAGGCAGAGACGGCCAGGUGGGGCCGAGGAAGAAUAGGAAACCCCUCGUCAACAGCUGAGCAGCUUGGGAUCGAGAUGAACUCCAAGGUCCCGCUCAUGGGCGCCGAGCUCGAGGACUUUAUGGACGCCGAGCGUCUCCAAAAGGAGCGCGAAGCCGCCUCUAAAGCCGCCGCUGAUCGCUCGCGCCGAAUGCUUGAAGCCGACGACCUCGAUACGGACUCUGAGUCGGAAUCGGAAGGGACUCCAGACGACGGGAUCAUCAUUGCUCGCCGACCCGAAACGAACGCCAACGCCUACGCGGGCGAGACGGACUCGACGCAGCAGAUGAGUUUCGAUAUCUUUGUGAAGGGUCAGCAGACGCGGCAGAGGGCUAAGGGCGGUGAUGAUGGAGCAGCCGGCGGAGGGAUGACGAGGUUCAGGAUGUUCCCGUUUAUUACCAGGAUGGGGCGGAAGGUGGAUGAGUAUGGGGAGGGGCUGGACGUGGGACAGUGGGUCCGGAAAGGGAGAGAAAUUGAGGAGGAGGGCGAGACGGAGGAAGUUAGGGAAGCCAAGAGGCGCAAGGUCGUGGAUGAUGAGAAGAAGAAAGCACCACCAGAACCGCCAUCAAAAUACGUGACCGAGAUGGUCACUGUCGAUCUGAAAGCGUCCAUCUUCUACGUCGAUAUGGACGGUCUGCACGAUGGGCAAGCUAUCAAGACGAUCAUCUCGGAUAUCCAGCCUCGUAAAUUGAUCCUCGUCCGCUCUUCCCGAUCCACCACCGAAUCCCUCCUCUCCUUCUUUGCCUCCUCAUUCUCCCCCAAAGACAUCUACGCCCCCUCCACCAACGAGACCAUCACGAUCGGCGAGCACGUCCAGUCCUAUUCGCUCAAUCUCGGGGACAGCAUCACCUCUACGCUCGCGGCCAAAUGGGCCCGCUUCGAGGGUUAUGAGGUCGUCAUGAUUGACGGGCGGAUCUCGCUCGGUGCAGGGUCGACCGUCCCGACCCUGGAAGCCAGUCAUGUCAAGCUGGAGGCGAUCCCCGUCGCAGCGGUAGAGGAGAAGGAGGCCGAGGCGGACAUCAUGGUUAAGCAGGAGCCGGACCAGGAGCUCGCUCUCGUCGAGCCCAUCCCCGCCUCGGCUUCGUCAGUUUCAAAAACGGCACAAUCGCUACCUGGCUCGCUGUUCGUCGGCGAUCUUCGACUCGCACAACUCAAGGCCCGUCUGAACGCCGCGGGCAUACCCGCAGAGUUCGCCGGAGAGGGUGUCAUCAUCUGCGGUCCGGGCGUGGCGGCACGUACAGCCGAUCCCGAGGCGGACGUCAAGCCCGGGAGUAUCGUCGCGGUACGGAAGCUCGCGGAGGGAGAGGUGGUGCUCGAGGGCAGCGUAGGGAAGGUGUACUUUGCCGUGAGGAAGGAGGUGUAUGGGAGUCUGGCGAUGGUGGCGGCGGCUUGA